GCUCCACAACAGGAGAUGGCAGUAAUGCACCGAAAAGUAUAAAUUCAAAGAGCUCGUCCACUGGUGUACUGUUUGACUCUCAGCGUACGCCGUAGUUUAGAAGUGACCUACGUAAUCGAGAUGGCGGCCGCCUUGAGAAGUCUUUCAGUGUUGAGACCCCUCAUUUCUGUGGCUCAGAGAAGUACGUGCAACCUUUGGCGGAGUGCUUGUAAGUUUUCUACUCUGAAUGUUGGCUGUCUUCAUAGAACUGAAAUUAAGCACUCAUUUCAGCCAUCAAUGACAGUUUCAAAUCAUUUGAAAUGUUCACCCAGCAUUUUUCAAAGUGUUGUUCCUCUGCUUCCAAAUCUUCAGCAGCCAUCCAGGCCUCUUACCUACUACAGCCUACGUAAAGGGAAGAGGAAGUCUGCAAAGGCUGUUGUCAAGAGGUUCCUAAGGCUGCACUGUGGCCUUUGGCUGAGAAGAAAGGCUGGUUACAAGAAGAAACUUUGGAAGAAAAAGCCUGCUCAUAAGAGGCGGCUACAGCAGCAUGUGUUUUGUAACAAAACACAAAGUAAAUUGCUGGACAAAAUGACCACAUCUUUCUGGAAGAGGAGGAACUGGUUUGCCAAUGACCCCUACCUUAAAUACCAUGAUCGCCCGCAGCUGAAGGUUUAAAACUAAACCUCUCCAGAAAACUAGUAGUGAAACAGACAGCUUUGGUUCCUUUGAUAGUAUUCUCACCAAAAACAGGUAUUUCUAUAAUCCCCCAAUAAAAAGGAACUUACUGUGCAUUUUAGUUGUGGAUAUUUGCUGAAAAUUUUGAAUCUACCAUUUGAAAUUGCAUAACUAAAUCAAAGAUUGAAAUAUCUUACUGCAAUGAUUUUUACAUUCCCCAAAAAAAUGUUCAGUCUGGGACAUCAACCCACUUCAGUGUAUCAGCUAGGCA